ACAACAAUGUCCCUGCUUCGAAACCUCUCCUGCAUCACCUUCUCUGCAAAUUCAAUAAUUACAAAACCCUAUUUCGCAAUCUCAAUCAAAGCCAUGGAAGCUACUACCUCUGAACUCAACCUCAAUUACCCAAAACCCAUUUCAGCUCCUCCACCUCCGAUUUCGAAAGACAUUGAACUCAGAAGAGCAAUGGAAGCUUCGUCAAAAUCGAGUCUUUUCAAUCUCACAAGAGACGAUGUAUUAUACGAAGACGAACACUUCAUGGCUGUGAAUAAACCUAAAGGUGUUUACUGUGAAGCUGUUCUUCGCUCUGCUCCUCAAAUCGUUCUUGAUUCUUCGAGUGAGUUUCAUUUAGCGAAUAGAUUAGAUCGUGAUACAAGUGGUGUGAUGAUCAUUACCAAGUCUCAUAAAGUAGCCGCUAAGCUUGUUAAGGCGUUUACAGAACAUAGGAUUAGUAAAUCCUACAUUGCUCUUUGUAUUGGUUCAUCUCCAAAUUGGAGAAAGAUCACGGUUCGUUCAGGCCAUGGACGCUCGAAACACGGAGCUUGGCGUGUUUAUGCUGCUUCUGACGUUGGUAGAGUCUUACCUGGUGGAUCUUUCGUUAGAGAUAUGGAGACAAGGUUUGAAGUUGUAUCUGUAAACAGUGUAAAACCCGAAUCUUGUGAAGUGGAGAAUGUGGUUGUUGUUGAGAGGGAGCAAGAAUUGAGUUGUGAUGGAGAUGAUGAUGAUGAUGAUGUUGUUGUUGUGGUUAGGGCGUUUCCACGAAGUGGGAGGACGCAUCAGAUUAGGUUACAUUGUCAGUAUCUUGGGAUUCCGAUUAGAGGAGAUGUGAAGUAUCAUGGAAGGUAUGAGUGGAGUGGAAGAACAUUUGAGGGGCAUGAGCUUCACGCUGAGUAUUUGUCGUUAGAUCAUCCGGUUACCAAUGAUCCUAUUGUUAUCCAAGCUCCUCUUCCGUGUUGGGCAGCCGAGGAUUGAAAAUGAUAAACGGUUAACGGAUAGAGUUGAAUGGUUAGUUUGAAGAUUUUGACCUUGGUAAGGAGCAAGACACUAAAGAAUCCAUUUCAAAGAUUUUUUUCAUAUUAUUAACAUUUGUAUGGCAAAGGGUGGUGCUCUACCACACGCCACUUCAAUCUACAAUUUAGUUAGUAGCUCCAGUACCUAAAGAAAUGCACGAUAGAAACAGUAUAAAUAUUUGAUUAUAGGUUAUUGUAAAAUAAAUUUAACUA